AUGGAUCUUGAUGAUAAUCAAGAAGAUUUAAUUCUAGAAACGUAUGAGUCAAUCUGCAAUAAUUUUACAUACCUUAAGAAAGCCGCGUCUCAGUAUGGAUGUUCAUGGAAAGAUAAAUAUGAUAAUACCCGUGAAUAUUCAUCAAAACAAGUAGGAGAUGCUAAUGCUAAUAACAGCUUUAAAGUUCCUGUUAACAUAGUGCCUGCAGUAAAGAAAUGUACACAAAAUAAGAAACUACAAUCACCCGAAUUAGAGCCGUGA